AACCUAAUCAUGGAUUAUUUAGGUGAAAUAGUAGCGCUCGGAAUUGAUAGUAUAAUUUUCGGUGUUUGUUUAAAACAAUACUUUCACUGCAAAAAUGCAAUUACAGCAGUCAAGGGUGCAGAGUUUCAUGAAGUUGGGCAACAAUUGGGAGAACUCCUUGAUAAAAGUUCUGAUAAUAAAAUAGAUUACAUAGCAAUUAGGGGUAUUGUAAAACCCUUAGGAAAACCAUUGAAUAGCAUUAAUAAUAAAAAAUUAACUGGUGUUGUACAAAAGCUUAAAAUCAAAGAACAUGUUAUAGCUAGAACUACUGCUGGCUUCUGGUCAGAUCAGGAACGUACUGUUCAUAAAGUAUAUAACACUGUACCAUUUUCUUUGCAACAUGGAAGUUACUCCGUAGAAGUAUUAGAACCAUUAUCAGCAGAUAUUUUAGAUCUGGAUGUAGUAUCUAAUACCUUUGAACCAACUGUACCAUCCUUUGCAGACCAUUUAUGGGGGUUUUUCACAGGUGUGCGCCAACGUGGUUUACAAUCUACUGAAGAAUUACUUCGUGAAGGAGCAGUUAUGACAGGUAUAGGUGAAUUAGCAAGAACAAAAUCCAAAACACUUACAUUACAACCCCCUUUAAAUGGUACACCAUUUUAUUUAACAAGCAUGUCAAUUAGUUCUUUGCUUCGGAAAUUAGACGAACGUAAACGGACAUAUAGAUUAUUAUGUUUAAUGUUCGGUGCUAUUGGAAUGUUAAUUGGUGGAAUAGUUUUUCGACGUUAUUGGAAGGAUAGAACAGAACAAAGAUUAGCAGAAGAUUUAAGACAAUCUUUAGCUGCUUCACGAAAAGAAAGACGACAAAGAGUAAGAGAUACUGAUCUUAGAGAAGAUCAAUUGUGCGUUGUCUGUCGCAUAAAUCCCCGCGAGAUUAUUCUUCUUCCAUGUGGACAUGUUUGUUUAUGUGAAGACUGCUCUGAUGACAUUACUAGUGAUUGUCCACUUUGUAGGGCACCAAUUUCACAAAAAGCAGCAGCAUAUAUUAUCUAACAUCAGCAUAGAUAUAAAUUUCUCAAAAUACUUUUUAUUAUUUGAUGAAAAUUAAUGUAUCUAAGAGUGAAAAGGUAAAUAAAUAUAAAGUGACUAAAAA